ACGGCAGAUGCACGAAGGUCAAAAGUAUUUUAAAAAUAAGGCCGUAGGCAUUGGCAGAUUGGUAUGGCAGUGGACGUUAAGGGUCGGGUGGCGUUGUAAUGGCAAAAAGUUUGCAAAAGUAAGUUUGGUUGUAGGGUCGGGAUUGGAGAUAGACAAGAUGGACCAGCAGUAUUGCCUUCGGUGGAACAAUCAUCCGGCCAACUUGACGGACGUACUCAGCUCACUAUUGGCAAGAGAAGCACUGUGUGACGUUACACUUGCUUGCGUUAAUGAAACGCACAUAAAACAAUUCAAAGCACAUCAGACGAUAUUAUCAGCAUGCAGUCCAUAUUUUGAGAAUGUAUUUCUACAGAAUACCCAUCCACAUCCUAUAAUAUUUUUGAAGGAUGUCAAAGAUACGGAGAUGAAGGCACUGCUGCAUUUUAUGUACAAAGGAGAGGUUAAUGUUAGCCAACAUUUAUUACCAAUGUUCCUUAAGACAGCUGAGGCGUUACAGAUACGCGGAUUGACCGAUAAUAGUGUAAAUAAUAAAACUGAGAGGAGUCCAUCACCUGAGCCGGAAACACAGAGCAGUGUUAGGCACAGUGAUUCACCUAACCUACAGCCACAUCCUGAGAAGAGGAAACGAAAAGCCUCGGGGAAUUAUGAUGUUUCACUCACUGGACCACCCAGCGAACGCUUCUUGUCCGACUCUCAGGCAUCAUCUCAAUGUAGUUACAAAUCGAGUCCCACAGUGAUUCCAAAGUUAAACAAUACACUAGGCGGCGAUGCAGAGGACGGGGGUAGGACAAUGUCACCGUCGUCGCAGGCGCAGGCGGCUAUAAAACAAGAACUCGAUCACCACAUGCCUGACUUUCAUGACAACAUUUCACUACCUGGUCAUCCGGUCGGAAUGUUGGGGGAAGACGGGGGACCGGCGGCGGGGGCGCUCAGCGACGGUGUACCAGGAAUGGAACCGUCUGAGCACCACAAUCCACCUGAAAUGCUCGACGGACUUGAUGGUUCAAAAGCCUGGCACAUGCGGCUGACCUUUGACCGGGUGCCAGGCGGCUGCAACCUUCACAGGUGCAAGCUGUGCGGCAAGGUCGUGACGCACAUCAGGAACCACUACCACGUCCACUUCCCCGGCAGGUUUGAGUGUCCUCUCUGUCGUGCCACGUACACUCGUAGUGACAAUCUGCGCACGCACUUUAAAUUCAAACAUCCCGAGUCAAGGAAAAUUGAUUUAAAUGAUUUUGUUGCAAGCUCAUUGGCAUUAUCCGCUACAAAUAAUGAUACAAUGAAUACCCUAUCAUAAGGCGAAUUAUCGUGCGUGCGCGGUGCGCGCGUACGACAAUGCGACGACAACUACUACGUUCAACGAUUACAACAUACGUCGCGAACAAACGUGCCGUCACUCAUACGUGAGAUAGAACAUUAUCAUCGUAAGUUCUUACUCAUGCCUGAGAGUACACCACGUUUUUUAAUGUUCAAUCACUUUUUCUCCGAACACCAAAUCUUGUAGGUUCUACGCUUAACCAUUUUAAGAAGAAAUACGAGAAAAAUGAAGACAUUAUUGAUCAAGAUAAUAGUGAUUUUUAAGGACGAGAGAAAAGAAAAAUUUAUAAUUAUACCUAUGAAUUACUGAUUAACUGAUGAUUACUUUCAAGUUUUUUUUUAUGUAAGAAGGAUUUGACGGUGAGGGUGCGAGUGAAAAAUCUUCUAACAAACCAACACAACUAUACAACAUUGAUAAUUAUAUUGUUAAACAAUUUAUGGUGAGCGACAGAAUCAACGCGAACACAUCGAACAGCAACACCUACAGUCAACAGAUUAUAAAUGAAUAUUGAUAGAUACAUUAAAAAGAAAAAAAAACCAACAAAAAAACAUCUCGAAGUGUCCUAUUUUCGGAUUUUGAUGGGUGCAGCUUUAUUUUUCACUAUUAAAAAAAAUAUAGAAACGAAGGGAUAACAGAAAGAAUUAUAUUAUAUAUUAAGAAUGAGUCGUUGGAUAAUGAGGGCAUCGCGUGCAAUUUUGGAGUCAUACGAGAAUGCCACAGUUAACACGACGAUAGGAUUCUUAUUCAAGUUUUAAAUAAAAAGAGAAAAUAAUUGAAAAAAAAAAUGAUAAAACUCAUGCGAAACACAAAUGGGAGCAAAUGUGGUGCCAAUUCCUCCCGUAGAUGUCUGCCGGAAUAUGGCGUAUUCGGCAGAGGCUGGCAGCCGAUUAAAAUACUAUGAUAAAUACCCUAAUUAAAUCAUUAACAAUAAUUAAUUAAUGCUAAAUGAGAUAAAAGUGAAUUAAUGCCGAAGUCGAUUGCGCAGGGUGAGUCGUAAUAGUUGUUGAAAGUUUUAUAGUUGGACUUCAUAUUAGAUUGUAAAUUGUAACUAAUCGUUUUAUCAGAGUGAUGACGAUGGGGGGAGGGGGGGAGGGGCUAUAAAAUAGCGAAGGGGGGAGGGGGAUUAAAUAGUAAUUUAAUACCACUCCUAACUACUAGAGGGAAGAAAUAAAUUUUUCAGCUCAAGAGUUGUUGCACGCACACUCGCAUGUAUCUUAACCGACGAUAAUGUGACGUUACAUACGAAAAACAAAUUGACGUGACAGGCUGGACACACACACGACGAUAAAAAAACAUUUUUCGAUUUAAACAAUUGAACACACUCGCACUAUCGGAUUACAACGAAGAAGUAUAAUUUCUGUCCUAUGCAUCCUAUUAUUCGAGAGAAUAAAUCAGUGGCGAUAGACUGUAAUAAUAGAUGAUUCAUUCAUUACUUAAUGAGAAAAAAUAAGACAAGAGUUUUGCAGUUCUAAUAUGAAUGUUUGACUAUAAUGCACUGUGUGUUAACAUCUGGAAUGAAAUUCUAUGAUAAACAUUGAUAGGACAACUGCAGGCAAAUGUGACAAAGCAGCAAAUGAAUAACCAGUGGAAAUAGCUGAAGACAUUCCACGAAUUUGGGACUUAAAAUGCAUAGGCAAGCAAAAUAAGAUUCUUUUUUUUUAAUUUUAUUGGAUUUAUGAUUAUAUUUUAUACUUUAUGAUAAUCUAUCCGUUAUUAUUCUACCAUUGGUUACAGAUAUAUAGUUUAUUCGUUAAAGCAAAUUCACUUUUGCAUCAAAGGGAUGAUGGUACCAAUGCCUCGUUGCACAUUUGAUUAUUUCUUUAUUUAAUUGGUUAGGGUGCAAUACCGUUUUCAGUUUUUUUUUCCUUAAUGAGAAUUCAUUAUUUUUCUUGUUUGAAGCUACUAUUAUUAUUUUAUUUUGUGUUUAACUAUAUCCGGAUGGCUCAGAGCCAAUAACGACCUACAGAAAUAUAUUAAUAUAUUACAGAAACGUUUAUUAAUUUAACAGUUCUCUUAAAAACAUGGAAACUGAUGGAUGGAUACGUGAUAAAACAAAAACAGGUGAAAUAAAUAGAAGUUAUGAGGGAAAAACACAAGUGAGCAGGCUGGUAUAUAAAUAAUAAUUAAGAAUGAUUGAGUCCACUAGUAAAAACUAUUCUUAUGAGCCAAACCGCUGAAUCAUUGUGAUCAUUAUGAUAUUACCGUCGAUCUAUCUCUCUCUUUUCUUUUUUUGUUAUUGGGAUGGUUUUUAAAAAUACAUGUUAAAAUACAGGAAAAAAAAACUACAUACUUACUGUAUAUGAAUUCAUGGGGGCACUUUGCAUGGUUUAAGGCUUAAAGAGGAAAAAAAAAUGAUGAAAAAACAAAAACACAAAAAUAAUAAACACAAUACCUUUAAUUUAAUAUAUAACCCAGAAUAUUAAUAUAUUACACAGAUAAUGAUGAAUAAUAUAUUGGAUAAUUUAUUAUAUUUUGUUUGUUUUUCCGUUUUAUGAUUUUAUAUUAUGUAUACAAUUUAUGUUGGUUACUGUUUCAAAGUGACGUGUGAGACAUUACAAGAUUGUGGAGAGACAGAA